AUGCAAACGAAUUAUUGUGCACAAUGUGAAGACUGCAUAUCUUCCUACUGCUGCAGAGGUACCCCUGCAUACUGCUGCUCAUACUAUGCCUACAUUGGAAGCAUCCUAUCAGGCACAGCAAUAGCAGGUGUGGUGUUUGGAAUCGUCUUUCUCAUGGGUGUCAUUGCUGGAAUUGCCAUUUGCAUCUGUAUGUGUAUGAAUAACGGUUGGAACGCACGUGUGGGUGUGCUACAGGGAUCGCAUCUCAAUACUGUCAGUCGAUUCAAUGUCUCUCCUCCUCCGCCUUACAGACACAACCAAGAGAUGGAUUAUACUGCGGAUCCACCCCCACCUUAUACUCCCACGCCUCCAGCUUCCCUGGAGUAUACCCCGCCCCCACCUUACCCAGGAAGCUCAAGAAAAUAAAUUCUCAAUCGAUGUUAUUAAACGCUGAGAAUUGGAUGCUGAUUGUAAAUACACUGCUCUAUAAUAAAUGAGAGUGCCUCAGGCUGCAAUAAGGAAA